GAGUUUCCGUUGGAAGAUUUGAAUUGAUCAACUGUCGCGGGGAGAGAGCGCGAGCGAACGAACGAACGGGAGGGAGUGAGUGAGUGAGAGAGGCGCCAUGGUGCGGAGAAGUGAGAUUCUAGCCACAGAAUCUGUGGCAUGUCUCAAUGGUGCACUUUCCCAUCUGCAGAAUAUAUGGGAAGAGAUAGGAAUACCAGAAGACCAACGACUGCAAAGAACUGAAGUGGUUAAAAAGCACAUUAAGGACCUGUUAGAUAUGAUGAUUGCAGAGGAGGAACAUCUAAGAGAGAGACUAAAGAAGAGCAUUGAUAUGUGUCACAGUGAGCUGGAUACAGUGUGCCAGGAGCUCAAUGUGACUCCAUUUAAGCCGGUGCAUGAUUCCACAAUGCUGCAGCUGGAAAAAGAACUACGGACUCAACUGGAAGUCCUGAUUAAAGAGAAAAAGGAAAGGCUACAGGAGCUGAAGUGCCUCCGAGAGAAAGAUGAGGACUUCUGUGAUAUCCUCUGCAUAACACCUUACUCCAUUGAUACUGAUUUUGUCCCCAGCAUUAACCAGCUUGAUGCCUAUCGUCAGUACAUUGCUUCACUCAAUGAGGAAAAGGAGCGAAGAUGGGCUGAGUUUGUCAAUAUAAAGAAACAAAUUAUUAUUUGUAUGGAUGAACUAGAUCAGCUGCCAGAAACCAGCUUUGAGAAGGAUGUUAUUUGCGAGGAUGAGGAAGCAUUCUGCCUGUCAAAUGAGAACAUUUUAGGCCUAAACACACUUCUUCAGCAGCUGGAGAUCAGGAGAGCACAGAAUGAAGCAAAGAGUUCAGAACUACGAGAUCAAAUUGUUAAUCUGUGGAAUCGACUGCAGUUUUCACAGGAAGAGCGCGAUGUUUUUGCUGUGCACAUGACUGGCUCCAGGGCGACGACAAUGCGAGCAUUACAGACCGAGUUGGUGCGUUUGGAGGAACUGAAAUUACAGAAUAUGAAAAAUGUGAUUGAAGCCAUUCGACAGGAAAUGACAUUCUAUUGGGAGAAAUGUUUUUUGAGUACUGAACAGCGACAGGCAUUUGCUCCAUAUUAUGAUGAGGAUUGUUCUGAGGACUUGUUGCAACUCCAUGAACUGGAGAUCAAUCGAUUGAAGAAGUAUUAUCAAACGCACCAGGAGCUGUUCGAGGGUGUCUGUAAGUGGGAGGAAAACUGGAAACUGUACUUGGCAUUGGAGAACAAAGCAUCAGACCCAAAUCGUUUUACUAACCGAGGAGGAAACCUGUUGAAGGAAGAAAAACAGAGAACUAAACUUUACAAAAUGUUGCCCAAACUAGAGGAGGAGUUGAAGGUUCAGAUUGAUGCCUGGGAGCAGGCAAAUGGCUCCCAGUUUCAAGUCAAUGGACAGAAUUUUAUAGCUUAUGUGGAAGAACAAUGGGAACUACAUAGAAUGGAGAAAGAGCGGGAGAAACAGGAUCGGCAACUAAAGAAAAACAAGCAGAUUGAGGAGGAGAUGUUGUACGGCAGUUCUUCCAAAACCCCAAGCAAGCGUAGAUUUAAUGGACCUAACACUCCAGGGAAAGUCCGCAAGCUAAAUGGUACAUCGAUUUCCAGUGCCACCCCCAACAGUACCCUUCGCUCCACCUUUGCUGUUAGUGUCUGUCGCUCACCUAUAUCCCGACCCCCACUGUCUGGAUGCAAGCCAGGACAAUCUCUGCGUACACCUGGACGUUCAGCUACAAAACCCCCACGUUUUGGUCUGAAUGAGCGGAACAAAGAGAAUGUGUCCCACCUAAAUGGGAUUGGGAUGGCAAUGAGUGGUGCGUCAACCAGCAUCACCACCCCACAGCGUAAUCUCAGCAUAAAUUCAGUUGCCACCACUUAUUCUGAGUUUGCGCAAGAAUUUUCCAAAGCUUCCAAAUCUAGCUGUCAGUCACGAAUCCUGAACUCCACAACCAGCAAUCUGCACACUUGAACAAGCACCAAAUACCCUGAAGGGAGCUAGAUGUUCAGAAACUAAGAGAGACAAGGCUCCCAAAUGCACAAAAUGAAGUCUGUGUGUAUGUGUGUGUGUGUGACUGUAUGUAUAUAGAAUUCAAUAGAGCUGGGCUUUGGAAAAGUGGUAUUUUAAAUUGUAAAUUAUGGAUAAUACCACAGAAAAGCAUGGAGGAAAUUGAAUAGGGGGAUUUAAAGGUUGACUGUUUGUCCUCGCUAUGCGCAUUGCAGGCCACACAGAAAUCUGAUUUGCCAGAAUGGGGAUUUGGUGCCAGUGGGUUUGAAAACAAAAUUGAUGUGGCACAGUUUCAGAGAUUGUUUAAUAUAAAAAAAUUAUAAUUUGGUCACUCAAUCAACGACUGUUUGUGGGACACUGCUGUGCGCAAUUGGGUUUCGCCCACAAAUGUACAAUCAAUUUACUACAGUAUAUUCUGUGAAGCGCUUCGAGAUGUCUUGAAGACAUGAAAGCGUUAUCAGCAUUCUGGUGCAAUUUUAAAUAUUAAUUAAUCUGUAAUUUUUAAGCUAAGAUGCAAAAAAUAUUUUGGUGUUCAGUUGCACAUAAGUUUAUUUUCAGCACCUACUGGUAGAGAGAUUUCCUUGAAUCUUUGUAUUUCCUUCUAUUAUUCAGAAUGGGAAGGAUCAAAUACAAUAUUUUUUCAGCUUUUUGUUGUCAAUCGGAAGGAACUAGUCAGGUUAUUUUGCUAAUUCUCAUUUUUCAAAAUUCAAAACACUAAGUUAACGAGGCUAAAGAAUUCAUAGAAGCGAUCUUUAUAACAGCACAUGAAAGUUUUGUGUGCACAUUUAAAUUCAACCUUUUCUCAUAGAGCUGGAUUUGUUACAUAAAGCUUACCAACAAGAGGUGGCAAGCUUCUACUUAACUAGCCUCUUAAAGGCAUUUGAUACAACUGUUUAAAAUAGCAUGCAUCAAUAUCCUUUGCUGAAAUAUUGAUUGAAAAUGACAAUGGCCUGCAUUAUUACUUUCACUGGUUUCCAUGUAGCCCUAUAACUUCUUAAUGAUUAUUUAGGUGAUUAUUAAUGUUUUUAAAUUUCUAUUUUGUUAUGUAAAUAUUUUACAAUAAGUUAAUCAUGCAGCUUUUUGCUUUGUUUUAUUUAUUCUUAGUCCUUAUUUCCUGCAAUUAGUUACUGUCAAAUAAUUAUGGGGCAUUGAAAGGAGCUCUCAAACACUAAUUUUUGUAAUUCUCUACAGCAAAUACUGAUUUGCAGUAGUUCUUUGCUUCCAUAUAUUCCAUAUAUUUUACUAUUGGCCCUAUUUUUUAUACACUUACAUUUAUCUUCUGUGAUCCUAAUAAGCUCCUAUUUUGGUACUUUAUAGAUAUUGUCUAUGUGUCGUGACUGAAGGAAUGUGUUUCUAAUACGUCUGUGAGUGAACUCUUGCAGUACUAUUCAAGGACAAGUGUUCAAAUUUGUAAUUGUUUCUCAAAAUGCCAAGGAACCCAAAGUAGUUACUUUUGUUAAAUGAUCUCAGACUAUCAUCACUUUUAUCACUGGAAUUAGCUGCCAGUAAUGGAACAAAUUAGAAAAAGGACCAAUGCAAUUGCAAGGCGAUCUUGCAAGUUGGUUAGGAAAUCCUUUCUCAUCUUUAACUUGAAGGCUGUUAUGCAGCUUCGUUCAUAUAUUUUCCCGCUAUCCAUUGGAAUUAAAAUGUUUUUACUUUGAAAAAUCUGUCAGGAAUUGAGCAAUAAAGAUCAGUAAAGUUCCUGGAUCAGUCUAAGGUCUGCGAUGAAUUAACAGAUCUCAUCCAGCAAAGUGGCAGAGGCACAUCUAAUUUCCCACGGAGGCUCUCCUGCUAGAAAUUGGCUGUAAGGUGAAGGUGCUCGACUGUGAUAGCCUGCAAUGCUUCACUAACUCCACGCUUGAAGAAUGUGCACAAAUGAGGUAUUGGAGGGCUGGUGAUUCACAUGGAAAAUAUGCAACGUGAUCACUGCCUUUGUGAGGAGCGGAAGGAAAAAAAAUAAACAGAUUAGAUAUUGCUUCUCAUUUUCUUGUCAUUUGAAGUAUGUUAGGUAUAACUGUAUAUUUGAAAUAUAUGAUAGUCUA